AUGGCGUCUCGCCUUCUACCUGGCGCAGUCCUGCUGCUUUUUUACGCGCUUUGCGUGGCUGCCAAGACCGAGAAGGAUGUGACCCAGCUUCAGAUCGGCGUCAAGUUUAAGCCAAAAGAUUGUCCGCGCAAGGCCAAGAAUCUCGAUACUGUCAAGGUUCAUUACAAGGGCACGCUCACAGAUGGCACGAAAUUCGACUCCAGCUACGACCGCAACGACCCCUUCGAGUUCCGCCUUGGCAUGGGCAACGUGAUCAAAGGAUGGGACAUUGGCAUCCUUGGCAUGUGCAUUGGCGAGAAGCGCAAGCUCAAAAUCCCGCCCCACAUGGGCUAUGGCGAGAACGGCUCUCCCCCCAAGAUUCCAGGUGGAGCAACGCUCAUCUUUGAGACGGAGCUGGUGGACAUAGUGGAUGUGCCGGAGGAGGAGGAGCCUGAGGAUGAGGACUUCAAUGACGACGAUAUUGACGACACGGAUCCCCAGGGGGAGGACGACGAUGACGACGAUGAUGAGGACUUUGAUGCCGAUGAUGAGUUCUACAAGCGAGAUGAUGAUGGCGAGCUGUGA